GGCGCGCGAGGAGAGCGCCGGCGAGAGGCGGGUCCUCGCUCGGCCGCGGCUCCGGUUCUGGCCGCGUUGGCGGGCGGUGGCGGCGUCCGAGACGGGCUGGACUGAAGCGGGCAGCCGCGAGGGAGCCGCCGUGACCGAGGGACGUAACAACCCCUGCGGGCAGCGUUUGAAGAUGGCCGUGAACUUCGUGUCCCUGUGGGCCGGCGACCAAAGGAGCAGGGUGGCCUCCCGCGCGCCCCCGGGCGACCUCAGCCCGUCCGCCGCGGCGCUGGCGCUGGUCUCCGGAGACGGCCUCCUGGUCGCCGCGCCCGAGGCGAGGCUCCCGGGGCGCGUUCCUCGGCAGGCGGGGCGGCCGAGCGUGCGCCCCGAGAGCCCGACGCGCCCUAUAAAGGGUCGGGACCCUGACGGGCGGGCCCGGAGCCGCCAGACCCGAGGCGCGCCGUACGCGAUCCCGGCCGUGAAGCCGGCCCCGCUGCGGCCCUUGCUGCGGCGCCGCCCGCUCGCGGCCCGCCUCCCGGCCUGAUCGACCCCCCGCCCCUGACCGCGCAAACAAGGCCUCCCGAACCCUCCCCCGGUGCCUCGGCAGCCUUCUUUUCAGAGGGAUGCGUCUGCGUCUUAACCGGGAAACACGCGGGGGCCCUGUUAUGACGGCUCGGCGCAGAGGACGCCCGUACUUCGCCCCGUGCCGCUGGUUGAGGCGGCCUGGGUCAGGAGAUUUUUCUCCUGCUUAGUCACAAGGCUGAGCCGCCCUCCCCAGAGGCCAGCAGGCGUGCGUUUGUUUGUUUGUUUGUUCACCCUUGGUGCUCCGCCUCCCACACCUCCACCCCCCACCCUGGCCGACGCUCCUGCUUUGAGACUUGUAAUUGGAGCUUCCUCAACUGCCCACUUCUACCCCGGACCGUUCUCACUAGGUUCACUUUUAUUGGUGAAAAGGAAAUGCUUCCUUUUACUCCCCUGGCUUAUCCUUCCAUGUGGCCUAGGGCUUAUGCCAUCAUCUUGCCUUUAAUAAGGCUUUUCCACCGCCCUCCAUUUUUUUCUUCAGUGAUAUUUUAUACGACUCCAAUCGCAAUCAUACCAGAAGUCAAAAGCAAACCUAAACCUUGCUGCUGGUUUUUUUUUUUUUUUUUUUUUUUAAUUUUUACUUAUUUAUUCACGACCAACACAUGAGAGGCAGAGACACAGGCGGAGGGAGAAGCAGGCUCCAUGCAGGGAGCCCGACGUGGGUCUCAAUCCUGGGACUCCAGGAUCACGCCCUGGGCCAAAGGCAGAUGCUCAACCGCUGAGCCACCCAGGCGUCCCAACCUUGCUGCUGCUUCACAUUAUUAAAGCAAUUUCACUUUUUUUUUUUUUUUUCCCCAAAGCCUCCAGAUGAAUUUUACAUUUCUCCUUGUCAGUUCAUUAUUAGCAUUCAAUCCCAGUUUCCUUAGUCUGCUGUCCCAAAAUACAAUGGUGGAUACUUUAGCUUCACAGUCUCCUGUUAGGAAGCUGUUCAUCUGCUCACUUUGGCAUCUUCCUCAAACGUUCUUGUUUAUCUUUAGUCAUUCAGCCAUUCAGCAAUAUUUGAAGAUCUUCCCAACGGUGAGCACCGUGGACAAAUUACAGUUAAGGACUGUAUUCUAGGUAGGCAGGCUAAUCAGUAGGUGAUCACCACAGACUGUUAAUUAGGGGCAGUGAUGAUAAAUACUGGUUGCGAAGGCUUUCCACAAUACUGUGCUAUCCUAGUUCUUCUCUUACCUCACUCAGCAACCCCCCCCCCCUUAUUUUCUGAUAUUUUUAUUCUCUUAACUAUAUGCUUCCUAAGGUUAAAAGGGUGGUAUUGGGAGAAAGUGGAUUUUUUAAGUGCCAGCUCUAUGUAAGCAGGUAGACUAGCUUUUUCCCAGGGGACUCUUAUCUAUAAUUAUGAUCAGAUAAAGCAGAAUCACCACAUACCAUGCAGUAUUGAAUUUUUAGAACCACUUCUGAAGAAGAAUGUUGGUAAAUCAGAGAGCAUCCAUAAGAGAGUGAUUGAUAUGGUGAGAAAUCUGGAAACCAGGUCAUAGGAAAAAUGGUUGAAAGGAUAAUAGCUAUGUUGUAUUGAAUGCUAUGUGUAAGGCAAUGUGGUAAGAGCUUUUAUUCACUAUUCAGAUACUUAGAACUUACUCUGUGCCUGAUAUUACCUGUAUUAGGCAUUUAGAAUAAAGUGAACAAGAUCAAUAACGUC